AUGAAGGCUGCCGCUGCUAGUGAAGAAGAAGAGAUUUGCGGUAGAAAAAUUAAUCAAGAGAGUUGCAGCAGAAAAUUUGGGAAAUGGAGUUGCAAGAAUGCUAGUGCUGAUAAUGAACUGGGUUAUUGUCAAAAACAUUACAAAGAUUACAACGAUUUGGAGUUGGAGAAGAUGAAGCUGCCUCCAGAUGAACAGCGCUGCAGUAAAUUUAGUGGAAUGGGAUGGAGAUGCAAGAAUUUUAGGAUGAGGAGUCAUGGCGGUGCUUCUGCUAAUGAUGAUAGUGUUCGUAACUCCAAAUUUUGUGAAAAACAUUACAUUUAUUUUGCAGAGUAUGGUAAGAAACGGAAGAAGAAGAAGAAAACAAUUGGAGAUGGUGAAGAUGAUGAUACCUCUCAUAUACAAGGUGGUUCUGCCAAUGUUGGGACCAAGAGGAAUAAGAAGCUGUCUCCUUAUGAACAGCGUUGUGGUAGAACUGCUAGUAAGGGAUGGAGAUGCAAGAAUGUUAGGAUGGCUCAUGGUGCUGCUGCUGCUGAUGAUACUGUUCCUAAGACAAUAUAUUGUGAAAAACAUUACAAUUAUCAUGCAAAUCUUAAGAAGAAGAGAAGUGAAGAUGCAGGUUCCGGUCCAGAUGAACAGCGUUGUAGUAAAAUGAAUGGGAUGGGAUGGAGAUGCAAGAAUUCUAGGAUGGGUCAUGGUGCUUCUGUUGAUGAUGACACUGUUCUUUAAGACAAGAUAUUGUGAAAAGCAUUAUCACAAUCUUCAUGCAAAGUAUUCUGAAAAGCUUAAGAAGGUACUGGAGGAAAGUAACGAAUUUUAGGAUGGAGAUGCAAGAAUUUUAGGAUGGGUCAUGAUGCUGCUGUUGAUGAUGAUACUGUUCCUAAGACAAGAUAUUGUGAAAAGCAUUACAAUCUUAAGAAGAAGGUACAGGAGCGUUGCUGUCAAACUGAUGGUAAAAUAUGGAGAUGCAAGAAUUUUAGGAUGGGACAUGGUGAUGAUGAUAGUGUUCCUAAGAGUAGAUAUUGUGAAAAACAUUACAAGAGUAGAUAUUACGAGAACCAUCUUAAGAAGAGAAAUGGGGACGGGGAAGCUGCAGGUUGUAGUGCUACUGGUCCUAUAAAAUGUAGAGGCUUGAAAAGGAAGUGGAAGAAGGUAACUGAGGAAGAUAACCGGUCUCUUGAAGUAACAGAAAGUA